AUGCCAUCAUCGACACCACCACCACCACAAAAUUUUCUCCCACUACCAUCACCAGUGGCUGGGCAGAGGAUUCAGAUUAACCUUGGGGAAAUCAAACUAAAACUAGUUAAGAGGAUUGGUCCAGAGCGAGCAAAGAAGUACUUUGAGCACCUGCAGAGGUUUUUGUCUUUGAAGCUGAGCAAGACUGUAUUUGACAAGUUCUGCCUCACAAUACUUGGUCAUGAUAACAUUCAGCUUCAUAACCACCUCAUUUGCUCUAUUCUCCACAACGCCUGCCAAGCAAGUGGCCCACCGACAGUCAGUACACCUAAAUCAAUUGGAGUUGCCAAGAAUUCAAAUCAUGUUUUAAGUCCUACAGUCCCUGUCUCUGACAUUGGUGAUGUUCUGCAUCAUCAUGCGAAGGACCACUAUCCACAAAGCAGAAAUGCACAUGUUCUCCAGGAGAAUGGUGCUGUGCAUUUGAGCAAACUGAAGAGAUUUCCGCAGCCUCAACAAAGUGAACUUGUGGAACAACUGUCCAAACGAUCAUGUGUGGAGAAUGCAUAUUCAAAUUUAUCUGACUCCACAAAUCGCAACUGUCCUGGUGUCUCUGGUAGAGAAUAUGUGGAAGCGGUUGCACAGCAUGUUCGAGGUCCCAUAACUGCCCCACUAGGGGUUGCCUUCUGUUCUGGUCAUAUUGGUCAUUUUGGUGGGAAUUUGAGAACUUUGACACUUCUCUCUAGUGCUAGCAGUGAUGACUCUAUUUGUUGUUAUGACCUUGGUCAGCUGUGUGAUACUUCAUCACUGAGACAGCGUAUGGGAAGAAUAGCAGAAACAGAAGGGUUAGAUGGUGUGUCAUUAGAAUGUGCUAAUUCAUUGAAUAAUGGAGUUGAUUUUUUCUUGAAACAGCUUAUUGGAUCUUGUAUGGAGCUAGUAUCAGCAAGAUCUCAGCAUGAUCGAAUAAAUCAUAUGGCACUAAAGCAACAGUUAAGUCAAAAGCUAAUAAAUGGUGUGCAGCUGCAAAAUCAGGUCCAUGGUCGAAGUGCCACUACAUGUCCACAAAUCCGCUCAGUUUCAUUGCAAGACUUCAAGGCUCUAUCAGAGACAAAUCCUCAGCUGCUUGAAGUCAAUGCAUCAUUGGUACUUGAAAAAAUGAAUUCAUAUGACUAA